GCGGCUACAAUAUUCGCGGAAAACGCGCGCUGGGACCGGCGCCUGCAGUUUUGUUUUCUACAGUUGUUGGCUGUCGCAGAGGCGGCAUGGAUCUCAGCGAGCUGGAGAGGGACAAUACAGGCCGCUGUCGCCUGAGUUCUCCUGUACCUGCUGUGUGCCUCAAGGAGCCGUGCGUCUUGGGCGUAGAUGAAGCGGGCCGAGGCCCAGUGCUUGGUCCCAUGGUCUACGCCAUCUGUUACUGCCCUCUGUCCCGCCUGGAAGAUCUGGAGGCCCUGAAAGUGGCAGACUCAAAGACCUUGACAGAGAACGAGCGGGAGAGGCUCUUUGCGAAAAUGGAGGAGGACGGAGACUUUGUGGGUUGGGCUUUGGACAUCCUGUCUCCAAACCUGAUCUCUACCAGCAUGCUUGGGCGGGUCAAGUACAACCUCAACUCCCUGUCACAUGAUACGGCUGCGGGACUGAUACAGUUCGCGCUGGAUCAGCAUGUCAAUGUCAGCCAGGUAUUUGUAGACACUGUGGGAAUGCCAGAGACGUACCAGGCCCGACUACAACAGCGCUUUCCAGGGAUCGAGGUGACGGUCAAGGCCAAAGCCGACUCCCUGUUCCCUGUGGUCAGUGCUGCCAGCAUCUUUGCCAAGGUGGCCCGAGACCAGGCUGUGAAGAACUGGCGGUUUGUGGAGAAUUUACAGGAUCUGGACUCUGAUUAUGGCUCAGGCUAUCCCAAUGAUCCCAAGACCAAAGCCUGGCUGAGGAAACAUGUGGACCCUGUGUUUGGCUUCCCCCAGUUCGUGCGGUUCAGUUGGAGCACAGCCCAGGCCAUCCUGGAAAAGGAGGCAGAAGAUGUCACCUGGGAGGACUCGGCAGCUGAGGAGGACACCGAGCAAGCCGGAAGAAUCACCGCCUACUUCAGCCAGGGCCCGAGGACCUGCCGCCCCCAGGGCCCCCACAGAUACUUCCAGGAGCGAGGCCUCCAGGCAGCCAACAGCCUCUAGAAGCCAAUGUGUGCACCUGCCUUUCUAACUCAGGAAUAAAAGCUGUUCAAGAAGUA